UAAGCCAGUCUCACUAAGGAUGAACGUUGUUCGUUCAGCCAUUACUGCCGGGUUCAACGAACAUCAAUACUCUGACUGCUAUCACCCGUUCUUGAACAACUAAGAUUAUGUUUUUUACAGCCUCAGAGAUCAUUCAAUAUUCAAUCCGUGGUGGAGUCAAGGGACUUGGCCUUACACCGACUCCGGCCGCCCCCUCAACACCACGCCUUCAUCGCCAACUCCCGCUCCCCAGAUUCACAUGCAUGAGGCCCCGCCACUCCAGGUCACUCUGGACGCCGGAUAAACAUCCUUUUCCAUCGUACACUAGCCUCUAUGUCUCUCGUCAUAUCCCCUCGCCCGGCAUUCACCCCUAGUUCGAGAGCGCCGGCCGCCGGAUAUCUUGGCAAUCAACAGCGGUCCCCCGCAUCCCCCCCGCAUUCUUCUCCAAUGAUUUCCUCCGUGUCGUACAAGCUGACCUAGUCAGGCACUAACUAGAUGGAAUCUAAAGAGUGACGAGGGCCUCUUGCGGUUCUCCCAAAUUCCUCCAAUCAGGGACCCUGCCGGCAAUGCUUUUCCAGCGGUACGGCGACGAAACCCGUUCGGAGUGAUGUGAUGGCGGCGGGCAAUGCUACGCUGAAGAGCGUAUAAAUGCCCGUACAUGAGGGUGAGGAUGAACUGGCCGUCUGGAAUUGGAUCGAGCAAGACGUUCGUUCUACUCUGGUCUCACCUCGCCCUUCCUUCUCGCUCUCAUGACUCGGUUGUGCUAUUUGCUCUCGGCGGCGUUGGCCUGUCUUGGCAUCGUUGCAGCUCAGGAACCGACGGCCCAGGUCCUCAACGGCACGUACCGCGGUCGUCACCUGUCUGAAUGGGACCAAGAUGCCUUUCUCGGUGUGCCUUUCGCCCAGCCUCCCGUCGGUCAGUUGAGAUACCGGUGGCCCAAGAGCCUCAACUCUUCCUUCGACGGCGUGCGGGAUGCAACUGAGCAAGGGUACAGCUGUAUGCAGUUCAGGGGAAACUUCAACAUGUCCGAGGACUGCUUGACUCUGAAUGUUGUCCGUCCAGCUGGCAAGUUUGAUAAACCGCUGCCCGUUCUUGUUUGGAUCUUCGGCGGUGGUCUAUACACCGGCUCUAUCGCCGAUCCGCAGUACAACCUCUCGGGCAUCGUCAAAGUCAGCCAAGACAUGGGUCAGCCCAUCAUCAGCGUGGCCAUGAACUACCGUCUCAACAUGUACGGGUUCCUGCAGACCCAGCAGAUCCUCGCCGAGGGGUCGAGCAACGCCGGCCUGCUCGACCAGCGGCUGGCCCUCCGGUGGAUCCAGGAGAACAUCGCGGCCUUUGGCGGAGACCCGGACCGCGUGACCAUCUGGGGCGAGAGCGCGGGGGCGCAGAGCAUCGCCUACCACCUCUUCAGCUACGACGGCCGCGACGACGGGCUCUACCGCGCCGCCAUCCUCGAGAGCGGCGGCCCGACGGGCGCCCAGGUCCAGAACCUGGCCUACUACAACGCGCCCGUCGAGAACCUGACGCGCACCGUCGGCUGCUGGACCGCCAAGGACCAGCUGGCCUGCCUCCGCGGCCUCAGCCAGGCGGACCUCUUCGCCGGCAACCCGAGCCAGGUCUGGAACCCGCUGAUCGACGGGGACUUUUUGACGGGCUACCCGAGCCAGCUGAUCCGCGACGGCAAGUUCGUCAGGGUGCCGCUGCUCACCGGUGCCAACAGCGACGAGGGCAUCAACUUCAACCCGAGCAGCCCGCGGCCCAACACCGAGGCCGACCUCUUCAACGGCUUCAGCUACUGGCGCUCCUACGCACUCUCGCCGCCGACCAUCCGCCGCCUCUUCGAGUUGUACCCGGACGACCCCUGCACCCAGCCGCCGGUGUCCAUCACCAACUGCUCCGUCUACCCGGACAAGGGCCUGCAGUGGCGGCGCGGCGCCUCCAUCGGCGGCGACCUCGUCAUGAUCUCGGGCCGGCGCAAGAUGUGCGAGCUCUACGCGCGGCCGGACGUCGCCCAGCCCGUCUACAGCUACCGCUUCGACCAGCUCCUCUGGAACCGGACGGAGAUCGAGGGCGUGCGGCACUUUGACAACGUCGCCUUCAGCUUCCAGAACAUCUCGGGCCUGCUGGGGCCGUCGCCGCAGUACGACGACCACGCGCGCCUCGCCCGGGCCAUCGGCCAGGCCUACGUCCGGUUCGUCUACGAGCUGGACCCCAACUCGCAAGUCGGCGGCGGUGGCGGCGGCGGCGGUGGCGGUGGCGGCAACGGCACGCUUUACACGAAUGGCACGGGGCUGUUGCCGUACUGGCCCGAGUACGACGUGACUGCGCCCAAGAACAUGGUCCUGAAGGCGUCCAAGAGCUUCAUCGAGGACGACACCUGGCGGAAGGAGGGGAUAGACUUCAUCAACACAUACGAGGUGGCGAGGGAGCUUCUUGCAUGAUGGAUAGACUGACUAGAAUGAGUGACUGGAUGGGGUGGAGGGAAAGGAGAAUGGGACCUCCCCCCCUUUUGUCCAAUGAUCGUCCCACCCAUAGAGGCAGAUAAACUACAUAGAGAAGAAUCUGAACAGCGAACAUGUCUGAAUA